AUGGAGGCAAGGGUGCGGACGGCAGAGGCGCAGAAGGAGCAGUACAAAGCACUCUUCGAGGAAUCGCAGACAGACACCUUUGUGCAGGCAUCGGGGGAAGGGCGCGAUCGCGAGAUUGUCGGAUUGCACCAGCAGCUGGCUGCUUUGCUGAUGCUGAAGGAUGCAUUAAACUCGGAGAACUUGGAGCUCCAAGAGAGGAUCCAGGCCAUGGAGCAAUUGCAGCGUCAUAGCCAAGCUUCGUGUGUCAUUUGCAUGGAAAAUUUGGCCAAUGUCGUCUGCCUUCCAUGCAAGCAUCUCGCCCUGUGCUCGUUUUGCAGCCAGCAGCUGGACCGCACUGAACUUUCUGAGCGGAAUGAUGUUCCCGAGCCUGAAGAGUUCUACAAAGAGUACUGCACCUCCGACAAUGGCAACGGCAGGCCUGUGGUGUUUCGAGGUGCAGCAGCUUCUUGGAAGGCCAUGAAGUGGAGCUCCGAUGACUACUUGCUGGAAAGGUUCGGAUCUGAGCGGAUAUCUGGCGUUGAGCACAACCUGAAGGAGACAAGAGCGGGUGGUCAGGUAGAUGGCAUGGUGAAGCUCCGAGACUUCUUGGGUCAGUACAACACAACGGAUAUUUACAUGGUUUCGGGAGUCCCGAAGAACAUGAUGAAGGAGGUUGAGUUUCUACCAUGCCUCCAGUGCGGCGGGUAUCUGAGUUUCUUGGACACGAACAACUUCUGGAUGGGUCGCGGGGGCAGCAAAUCCGUGGUCCACUACGAUGACCAGGACAACAUCAACUGCAUGAUCGCGGGGGAAAAGCGCUUUGUGUUCAUGCACCCCUCAUACAAAGAAGCCUUUGAGGCAGGGAUCCUACGUACAACCUGA